AUUAAAUUUCUCAACUUCUUUUUUUCUCUCUCUCUUUCUUCUUCUUCUUCUUCUUCUUUCCAUUGUAUUUAUCUGAAUCCAAUGCAAAAGCAAUCAUGAUCUUGAUGCUGAAACUCCAUUAAUGUUCUUUUUCUAAGAGCCCUCAUGGAUUUUCUACUUAUUCUUCUUCAUUUUCAAACUAACCCAAAUACAACAACAACAAAUUGAAAUGAUAUCUCUGUCUCCUUAAAUUUUUUAUUUCUUUGUUAUCUGUCAAAGUUUGGGAGAGGUCAAAUUAUUAUGGGAACAAAAACAGGAGGGGUUUCAUUUUCGAUUUCAAUAUCAAAUCUUCUUCCUUUUGGUUUGAUUUUCUGUUUUGUUAUCACUCAAAGAUUCACUUUGGUUUGUGGACUCAAUUAUACUUAUCAAAAACAUCUCAGUAGCUUGAGACUGGACAGGAUUCAAAGGCAUUUGGAUUCCAUUAACAAGCCUCCCCUCCUCACCAUUCAGAGCCCAGAUGGUGAUAUCAUAGAUUGUGUUCAUAAAAGAAAACAGCCAGCUCUAGAUCAUCCCCUCUUGAAGAACCACAAGAUUCAGAGAGGGCCAACGGAGUGGCCGAAGACGAAGGUGGGGAAAGAGAAUAAAGAAGAGGUGAGUGAAAGGAGGGCAGGAUCAGGUGCGUUAGCUUCAUUUCAAACUUGGCGUGUGAACGGGACACGGUGUCCAAAAGGGACUGUUCCAGUGCGACGCACCACAGUCAAGGACGUUCUUAGAUCCAAGUCUUUGUUUGACUUUGGCAAGAAGAAACGACCCAUUCUCCUUGAUCGAAAAAUAGACGCUCCUGAUGUCGUCAGUGGGAAUGGUCACGAGCAUGCGAUCGCGUACACUGGAUCAUCAGAAGAGAUGUACGGAGCGAAGGCGACAAUAAACGUGUGGGACCCGUCAAUUGAAAUGGUCAACGAAUUCAGUCUCUCUCAGAUUUGGAUCCUCUCGGGAUCAUUCGACGGCUCUGAUCUCAACAGCAUAGAAGCUGGUUGGCAGGUCAGUCCGGAGCUUUAUGGUGACAGCAGACCUAGACUAUUCACAUAUUGGACGAGUGAUGCAUAUCAGGCAACGGGUUGCUAUAAUCUUUUAUGUUCGGGAUUUGUACAAACAAACAGCAAAAUCGCUAUAGGAGCUGCCAUUUCUCCCAUUUCUUCCAUCGCCGGCAGUCAAUAUGACAUUACCAUUCUCAUUUGGAAGGAUCCAAAGUUGGGGAAUUGGUGGAUGGGAUUUGGGGAGAACACAUUGGUUGGGUAUUGGCCAGCAGAGUUAUUCACUCACUUAGCCGAUCACGCCACAAUGGUUGAGUGGGGUGGGGAAGUGGUUAACUCGAGGAUCAAUGGGCAGCACACUUCCACCCAAAUGGGCUCUGGCCACUUCCCUGACGAUGGCUUUGCCAAAGCCAGCUACUUCCGGAACCUCGAGAUCGUUGACAGCGACAACAGCCUCAGCAGUGUUCAAGACAUCUCAAUCAUGGCUGAAAAUACCAACUGUUACAAUAUUAUGAGCUCCUAUAACGAUCAAUGGGGCACUCACUUCUACUAUGGUGGUCCUGGUAGAAAUCCUAAAUGCCAAUGAUUGAUUCUAGGACGUCCAUUAAUUUUUGUUCUAAACUUUCAAUAAAUUGAAACAUUGGAAGUUGAGAUAAAAAAAAUUGAUUGGCGUUUGUGGUGUGGAUUUUAGAGGUAAGAACUGAAUUUUUUUUUUUUUCUUUCCCUCCUUUGGCUAGGGUUAUUUUAAGCAAGAAAAAGAAAAUUAAUUCUUUAAUUGUGUAAUUAAUUAAUGAUGAAUGUGGGUAGCUAGCUAUUUCCUCUAUUUUCUUAGCUUCACUACUGCUCUUGAAGAGUUCUAAUUCGGAUGCCUAUUGUAAGAGAGAAGUGAAUUUGUACUAUCGAAAAAAAAAAAGAACACUCAAAAUUUGAUGUAUCUCUUAAACACGUAGGGAAAUAACAAUAUUUUGUAUGCAAGUAUUGAAGUAUAUGCUUGGCUCAGCUGUUUCAUUUGUAAAA